AUGACAGAAAGUGGCGUACAGAAAAAACUGGAAUUAGCCAGAUUUGAAGCUGAAGAGAGACAAAAAGAACAUGAUCGACAGAUGGCCAGAGAAAAAGCCAGGAUGGAGGCAGAAGAAGCUGCCCACAAGAGAGCUAUGGAGGCAGAAAAAGCCAGGAUGGAGGAUAAAGAAAGAAGAAGAAUGAACUGGAGAAAUGUUCGUACCCUCAUGGAUCGAGAAGCUGUUGCAAGACCUGAGAGAAGGACAGCCCUCAUUGCUCGAGAACUAGUCCGUUAUAACAUCGAUAUAGCGGCAUUAAGUGAAACAAGAUUGCCUGGGGAAGGUUUCUUAAGUGAACCAGGAGGUGGUUACACCUUCUUCUGGAAGGGUCAGACUGAGACAGAGGAUAGAAUACAUGGAGUUGGUCUGGCAAUAAAAACCUUAUUGAUGCAUCAACUCCCAGACUUUCCAGUGGGUAUCAGUGAAAGAUUGCUGAAGCUACGCUUCCCACUAAAUGCCAAACGUCAUGUCACCAUCAUCAGUGCAUAUGCACCCACUUUAACGUGCUCUGACAACUCAAAGGAACAAUUCUAUGAAGAUCUCGACAGACUGAUCAAGGCCACACCUGUAACAGAUAAACCACUCCUACUUGGAGAUUUCAAUGCCCGAGUCGGGGCUGACAGCGAGAACUGGAAAGGAGUAAUCGGGCCACAUGGUGUAGGCAAAAUGAACAGUAAUGGACUACUUCUUUUGAGUCUUUGUUCUGAAAAUGACCUGACCAUUACCAACACUCUGUUCCGACAAGCGAACAAAUACAAAACGACGUGGAUGCAUCCUAGGUCCAAACAGUGGCAUCUGAUAGAUUAUGCCAUUGUUAGAAGGCGAGACAUUCGAGACGUACUGAUUACCAGAGUAAUGCGAGACGCAGAGUGCUGGACAGAUCACAGAUUAGUCAGGACGUCUCUUCAACUCUACAUCGUUCCUUCUCGGCACAAACGUCCAGCAGCACUGGCAGCGUUCCACAGCGUGAUCAUCAACAUCUGGGAGGAUGAAAACAUACCACAGGACCUUCGCGAUGCUACUAUUGUCUCUCUUUUCAAGAACAAAGGCAGCAAAGCAGAAUGUGGAAAGUAUAGAGGCAUAUCCCUCCUCUCUGUUGGAGGGAAGAUCAUCGCCCGCAUCAUCUUGAACCGCCUAAUAGCCAGUAUUUCCGAGGCAAAACUACCUGAAAGUCAAUGUGGUUUUCGACCUGGCCGGAGCACAGUCGACAUGGUGUUUGCUGUCAGACAAAUACAAGAGAAGUGCAUUGAACAGAACAUGCACUUGUAUGCUGUCUUCAUAGAUCUCACAAAGGCGUUUGAUACCGUCAACAGGGAAGCCCUUUGGACCAUUCUAACACGACUUGGCUGCCCAAGAAAAUUUGUCCAGAUUAUACACCUUUUUCAUGACAGCAUGACAGGUGAAGUAUUGUCUGAUGGAGCCACAUCAGCCCCCUUUAACAUCACCAACGGCGUGAAACAAGGAUGUGUUCUCGCUCCUGUCCUAUUUAACCUGUUCUUUGCAUGUGUCCUUAACCAUGCACUGAAAGAUCUGGACCAAGGUAUAUACUUGAAAUACCGGCACGAUGGUUCACUUUUUGACCUCCGUCGCCUGAAUGCAAAGACUAAGACAGUGCAGAAACUCCUUCUUGAGGCACUCUUUGCUGACGACUGUGCCCUCAUGGGUCACACUGAAAAUGAUCUUCAGCACAUUGUCAACAAGUUUGCUGAGGCCUCGCAACUUUUUGGACUAACUAUCAGCCUCGGAAAGACAGAAGUUCUCCAUCAACCUGCACCCGGAUCAAAUGCUUCUGUCCCGAGUAUCUCCAUCGACGGCACUCAGCUGAAAGUAGUGGAGAACUUUAAAUAUCUGGGUAGUGUCAUAUCCAGUGAUGGAUCACUGGAUAAUGAGAUCAAUGCACGAAUAUCCAAAGCAAGCCAGGCACUUGGCUGUCUGCGUGUCAAAGUUUUAAAUCACCACAACAUCCGGAUGUCAACAAAACUGCUUGCGUACAGAGCUGUUGUUCUUUCAUCUCUUUUGUACGGGUGCGAAACAUGGACACUAUAUAGGCGUCACAUCAAGCAGCUCGAAGCAUUUCACACGCGCUGCCUCCGCAACAUCAUGAAGGUCCGCUGGCAAGACAAAGUGCCCAAUCUCGAGGUCCUCGAGAGAGCCCAGAUGACAAGCAUCGAAAUGAUGAUCAUGAAGUCACAGCUACGUGCCUGUAUUCCGCUCUUUGAGCAUGAGCACAGUUGCCUUCCUCUAGGCAUCCAGAUGCCUAAGCCCCAGUGUGAUCCGUGA